AUGAAGCCGGGUUAAACUAGUAAUUCGCCCUCAUCGAGACGAUCAUAUCUGGAGCUGACCAGAUAAGACAAUAUUCGAUUAUGUCUAAGUAGCGUCAGUUUCGCCCGCAACCAACCAUGGCACCUAAGUCUUUUUCAGAAAAGUUUUCAAACUUAGAGGACAGAGAUGUUAAACACUCCACAUGUGUUUGCAGAAGACAAUGCAACAACUGCAAGAUUUUCCUCGGUUUCUUCGUCCUCUCUCUGUCGUUGCACCUCGUCACGCUGUUUUGUUAUUUGGACUUGAGGUCUGAGGUGCAACGGGAGAUUCUUCAGAAGAACAGAGAUGAUGUUAUUCCCGUGGGAUCUGCCGAGCCUCAUGUACUACUCCCCCCUGAACUGCAGCUCUUGGACAUGAGCUACUCAACAAUAGACAUGCAGAGCGGGAGUGUCCAUCGGCGGAGCAGCCUGAGGGAUUCUCAUCUCACCGCCGAGAGUGUCGUCCAUCGCAUCAAGAGAAGCCAGAACGGCAAAAAAGACCAAGAUCCAAAUGGUGGCAAUGGAAAAAGAAAGAAAAAAGGCAAGAAAGGGCCUCCAGGUGCCCCUGGUCCACCAGGCCCUCCUGGGCCUCAAGGGCCCCCGGGUAUCCCUGGCAUACCAGGCAUCCCCGGCACCAAUGCCAUGGGACCCUCUGGACCACCGGGUCCCCCAGGGCCGGCCGGCCCCCCAGGGCCACAGGGUCCGCCCGGGCCCCAAGGUUCGUCAGGUACGAAACGAUCACGCUCCAAGCUCGCCACUGACUCCACAAACUCCACAUCCUCCUCUUACAGAAGUGGGGGAAAUGACAAGGGCCGGCAGAAAGACUUUCAGCCAGCCGUGGUUCAUCUUCAGGGGCAAGAGACCACGAUACAGGUGAAGGAAGAUCUUUCAGAAGGCGUACUCAGAAACUGGAAAAUGAUCUCCAUGCAUCACAAGGUGUUUAAGAUGCACUCUCACUCGGGCGAACUGGAGGUGCUGGUGGAUGGCACCUACUUCAUCUAUAGUCAGGUAGAAGUAUAUUACCUGAACUUCACAGACAUCGCGAGUUACGAGGUGAUGGUGGAUAAGACGCCGUUCCUGCGCUGCACUCGCAGCAUCGAGACGGGCCAGCGCAAGUUCAACACGUGCUACACGGCCGGGGUGUGCCUGCUCCGCGCCCGCCAGAAGAUCUCCAUCCGCAUGGUGUACGAGGACACCUCAAUCAGCAUGACCAACCACACCACCUUCCUGGGCAGCAUCCGCCUGGGGGAGGCUCCAUCUGGCGGGCACGCUUAAAUUUAAUGAAGGGCACCCACCAUUUCCACCCACACACACACCUUUUCCGACCGCAAAACCGCACCCCUUUAUCCAGACUCCCAAACCUUCGUCUCUGCCUGUAGGGGAUGAUCCUAGGAAACCGAAAAAGUCAGUUUAUCACUACUCGGUAUCGAGACAAAGUAAAAGACACCCCCAUCCACCUCCUUCUGCCAUUUCCCCUCUCUCACCUCCACCCUCAGACCCUGGGCCAGCACCUCCUCUCCCCUCACCCCAUCUGCCGCACACCCAGACUAAUCCACGCCCUGGAAGCAAGGAGGGAUUCCAUACUCCUAGGGCACCAUGACGAACUCUUUGGGAAUCCUUGACAGUAAUCAUAAAGUGCUGGUGCCAACUGACGUAAUCGAGACGCAUGCAUGCAAUAGCUCGCCAGAUAAGGCAACAGUAUGUCAUGUAACAGUUGCAUUGGAGACACCAGAAGAUAUAAAAAAAAAGGAAAUGGUGUAAAUUGAGAUACACAUGUAGGAUUCUAUAAGUCUACAAAUUGUCUACAAAUAGUUUGCUCAUGUAGACUCAUAAGCUAUCUCUGAGAAUGAUGAUGGACACCAGUAAACAAGAUGAUCAUGGACACUGGUCAACAAGAAUUGAUAAAGCCUCUGUGAAGUUAGCAUGUAACCAUGCCUAUGGCCCUGUAGUUCAUAUUACAACAUUUUAGCUCGAAAUGCAACCAUAUAGCCACAUACUCUGCCAUAUAACCAACCACUAAGCCAUGUACCUAUGUACCUGAAGACAAUGCUGUAUAUUCAAAGAAGUGGUCAUGUAACUCAACACAGUCAUAUAACCCAACAUUGUAACUACUCUUGAAUGAAUAUUGCAAAGAGGUCCCACAUCAAUCAGAUUAACUACUAGUCAACAUCCACACUAACUUCCGCAAGGCUGUACAUGCCAAAAAGGGUCCAGUUGUGUAUACUGAUGUCAGUUCACAUCUGGAAGGGAAAUCACAGACGACAUGGAAUCACAGUGGGUGGUUUAACGGAGCGAUAUGAGAUGUUUGAUAAAGAGACAUGUUCCCUGUUUUGGGGAAGACACAGGUAACACUUGCAGUCUCUCUGGCCUAUUACCCUAUUGAUGAUUUCACAUGGACUUUUUUUUUCAUUUCUUUUGUGAGGAGCUGUUAUCAGAUGUAGAAACCUCCCAGAUGAUUCUGGCGAAAGAAGAAUCUAUGAGGAGUCAUUGUAAGAAGUAUAUUUGCUUGACGCUGUAUUAACCUUUGCCUCAAUUAAGGGAAGGUCAGAACAUUAAUUUGAAAGCAUUGUUUAGGAGCUUUGAAUGUGAACAUGAACAUUGAUUCAGUAUGGCGUCAGUCUAAAUGCCUACUUCCUUGUAGGCCUCUUAAUCUCUGCUAUUUUUCUAUUGAAUCUUCUUACAUAGUAAUAUUUUGAAUGUGUUUGAGUGAUAUUGUAGGUAAAUAUGGUAUAUUUGUUAUCCUGUUUUGCUGAAAAUAAUGUACAUUUGUAAACUGUAUUGUGGGUGUAAAUAUGUAUAUAAAUAGAAUUCUGUUUGGUUGGUUUU